AGUGCGCAGCUGGUACGCUGCGCGAGGCGAGGCGAGGGGAGGCGACGCGACACUCCCUCAUUCCGCUACGAGCUGGACCGACUGAAGGAUUCACCGGAACUUCAGCCUGUGCGGCUGUCACAGUUUUAAAUAGGGGUUCGGUCCAAUAUGGCGGCAGACGGAUGGAAAUACUGAUGACAGUCCGAAAGAUCGCCUCGAUUUGUACGAUGGGCGCCAAUGCCUCUGCUUUGGAAAAGGAGAUUGGACCGGAACAGUUCCCUGUUAAUGAACACUACUUCGGACUGGUUAAUUUUGGCAACACCUGCUACUGUAACUCAGUGCUGCAGGCACUGUACUUCUGCCGGCCCUUCCGGGAGAAAGUGCUGGCCUAUAAGAUCCAGCCGCGGCGUAAAGAGAGCCUGCUCACCUGCCUGGCUGACCUGUUCAACAGCAUUGCAACUCAGAAGAAGAAAGUGGGAGUCAUUCCACCAAAGAAGUUCAUCUCCAGACUGAGGAAGGAAAAUGAGCUGUUUGACAACUACAUGCAGCAAGAUGCACAUGAAUUCCUCAACUAUUUGCUCAACACCAUUGCAGACCUGCUACAGGAGGAGAAGAGCCAGGAGAGACAGCAGAAUGGAAAGGUAGUACAGAAUGGUGGGAGUGGAAGUGGAGGAGGUGGAAGCGGUAGCAGCACAGGAGAGGGUGAAGCGGAGGAAAAGACCCAGCAGACUUGGGUGCACGAGAUCUUCCAAGGCACCCUGACCAAUGAGACACGGUGCCUGAACUGUGAAGCGGUGAGCAGUAAAGACGAAGACUUCCUAGACCUCUCAGUGGACGUGGAGCAGAAUACCUCCAUCACACACUGUCUAAGGGGUUUCAGCAACACAGAGACCUUAUGUAGUGAAUACAAGUACUACUGUGAGCAAUGCAGAAGUAAACAGGAGGCUCAGAAAAGGAUGCGGGUGAAGAAAUUACCCAUGAUCCUUGCCCUGCACUUAAAGCGCUUUAAGUAUAUGGACCAGCUUCAUCGCUACACCAAGCUUUCCUAUCGUGUAGUCUUCCCUCUGGAGCUGAGGCUCUUUAACACCUCUGGUGAUGCUACCAACCCUGACCGAUUGUACGACCUGGUGGCUGUAGUGGUGCACUGUGGGAGUGGACCAAACCGAGGUCAUUAUAUCACUAUAGUGAAGAGUCACGGCUUCUGGCUUCUGUUUGAUGAUGACAUUGUAGAGAAAAUAGAUGCUCAAGCGAUUGAGGAAUUCUACGGUCUGACAUCGGACAUCUCCAAAAACUCUGAGUCAGGGUAUAUACUCUUCUAUCAGUCUAGAGACUGAGCCAGCCGGAGUGACCGACAGAAUGGAAGGAUGCGAUUUGUGAGAGAUAGGAUCAGGCAGAUAGAGGGCUUGACCUUUGUUGACACAGCUCGGCCCUCUGCUCCAUCCCCUCUCAGUCAAGUCCCUUUUCAUCCAGGCUUAUCAGUGGAGCUUUGCACUGGAGCAUCAGUCGGGCCCCAGACAGGAGCAGUCGAUGACAGAGUGACCUGAACACAGCACAGUAAUCACCAGGCAGAAGUAAUCGCCGUCGUCUCACUCGCCUGCUUUGUGUUGCGCGGCACACACAAAAACGCACAUAAACAUGUGAAAUGAGCUACAUGUACAUCUUGAUGGCCUGAGAAUGGACACUGUACAAACUUUUUUUUUUCCCACCACACACAUUAACAAGUUUCAUUUUUGAUAAUCUGGUUCACAUCUCUGCUCAUCACAUUCAUCAUCGCUGGGUGAUGACGCGUCAUGAUCUGUUUUGGCACAAUAUCGUGAUCUGUCCAGAAAGCCGCACAACGUUCUUCAACCUCAGAUGUCGAACAUGACACAUCAUGCUACAUCUAUGUCAACCAGAUAGUUGUAAAUGUGUGCUCAUGUUUUUGUUAGAGUAGAGCUGCUCAACCUGAAUGGAAAAACCUGACAGGGCUUAAAUUAGCAUGAAUGGGAUGAGCUUUUUUUUUUUUUUUGUUAAGAACUUCACAAGUGAUUUCAUGUAGGGCUUUUUGUAAUGCAGGCCUGUGGAUUGAUGGGAGCUCUGCUCUGUUUAGCAGAUACCAGAGAAGCGCGUGUAUAAAGGAUGUAGCUUGGCUUAAGAAUGCUCUUUCAGUAUUCAGCGAAUGUAAAACAUUCUGCCAGUUCUUGUGCACUGCAAGUGAGUGUACAGCUUGAUUGUGUCAUACAGUGCAUACUUAAUAGUGCACUAACUGUAGAGUGUCACAGAUGGAGAUAAAAAUUAGGGCUUUAUAUGAUUCUGAAUAUAAGUUGAAGCUAUCGAAUUGAAACCAAAAGCUGCACACAUUUCCAGUCAUGUUUCAUUAACACUGUGGCACUGUGAGCUUGUCUGAAAUGAAUGUGGAUUAGCCUCAUUCAGUUUAGCCAUUAAAAUUCAAACAUAAUAUGACUCUGCACUCCAUUAUAAAGUCUUCGGAUUAAUUCGGCCGAUUGAAUUGGCUGCAUCUAUUCUGUUUAAUCUCUGUAACACUUCUCUAGAUCUCCGUCAUCUCCUCUGCCCUUUUAAUUAAUAACGUUUUAACUGAAUAUAGACGUAGAAGAGAGGUGAAGCACGGCCGAUGCUGAGGUACAGUUUGAAUGUCAGGUUUAAGCUGUGACUUGCACUGCUCUGUAAUGGUUAGAUUGGUUAAGGAUUCUUUCUUGUUUGUGGAUGUAGCUCAGCCUGGAGGAUGUGUUACUUUUCUCAGUUGGAUUACAGCCAGUAAAUAUUUACAAAACAACUAGGCCACCCUGCAAUUAGUCAAGUUUUAUAGGCAAAAAUAAGCAAGAUUAGGUAUUUGAGCCUAAAUCUUUUAAGGCAAAAAGUACAUACUAGCGAGGUAAAAUAUUCCAGUUUUGCUAAGGUUUCUUUAAAGAGUUUGAAACACAGUUGCCUAGCUUGUUUGUUGUCUUGUGACUAAAGUAGAUGGUAUAAGAAUGAAAAGGGUUUUUUUUUUUUUUUUUUUUUUCCAUUUCAGGUUUCCUGUGUAAACUACACUGGUUUUAUUUGAUUGUUGGUUUGACAAAAAUCCACUUUAAUCUGUGAGGGGUCAUAACUGACACUGCUGCUGAUUAUUAUUCCAUUCAUCCUGUAAAGUCUACUUGGUAUCAAUGCAUGCGUGGUAUAACAACUCAUAACAUUGUUAUAAAGCAUGUAUGAAGGUCUUAUAAACAAGACAUCACAAUGUCUGUAAAGAGGUUUAAGCUUCUCGCUGGUCAGUUAGCCUACUGGCAUUGCGUGUCUUAAGUAGACUGAACUAUAUGUUGAAAAAUAAACUGACAUAUGGUGCCAUUUCAUGUAAAUUGCACAUUUACACAUGCUAUGUAAGAGUGUUUGUAGAUGUCAUCAUCACGUUUGAAUUAAGGUUUCUCCAUAGCUGAGUUAACUGGAUAUUUUAUUUUCGAAAUUGGCUUGUAUUUACAGGGGAAGAAAUGUUUCUUUUAUUUUGGCUCUUUUAUUUCAUAAAUUUAUUUAUGUGCAAUUAUAAAUGUUAUAUUAACUUUUCUUUGACAUUUCCAUUUUUAUACAUUUGCUAAUUCGUCCCUUAUUUGGACACCAGGUCUGUUGUAUGUUAUGUGGAGAGAUGGUUGAAGCAAAAAUGUAAGGGUGAUAAUGUUGGAAUGAUCAGAUUAUCGCUGCAAGCUUGAGAAGUUGAUACUAGUCAUAGAAACAAGCACUGAUCACAGUAACAGCACCCUGAGUGUUGGCAUUAGCAUACAGACAUCAAUUACAUUAAAACAUGAGACAAACACAAUCUAAUGCUACAUCGUGCUAACAUUAGUUGUGUUUCAUUCCGCCUCUUCCCAUAACAUUGUAACAAUGUUUAUUCCAUACUGGGUUUGAAAAAAGUGCACUUUCGAUAAAGCAAUGUACAAAUUGUAAACCAGCUGAAUAAUCUGGUUUUGGAGUGGAGUGGACAGUGUGGAUGAAGGAUGGGACUGGAUCACCUUGUCCCAAAUAAAAACAAACAAAAACACA